AUGGGACAAACACUCUACGACAAGGUCUUUGCGGACCACGUUGUCCACGAGGACAAUGGCACUUACCUUCUGUUCAUUGACCGGCACCUUGUGCACGAGGUCACAUCUCCGCAGGCGUUUGAGGGUCUCAAGAACGCCGGACGACAGGUGCGACGUAAGGACUGCACUCUGGCCACGGUCGACCACAACAUUCCCACCACGACGCGAAAGGACUUCAAGUCGAUCGGCACAUUUAUCAAGGAGGAAGACUCGCGGUUGCAGUGCACGACUCUGGAGCAGAACGUCAAGGACUUUGGCGUGCGGUACUUUGGCAUGGACGACAAGCGACAGGGAAUUGUGCACGUUGUGGGUCCUGAGCAAGGCUUCACUCUGCCCGGAACCACCGUGGUUUGCGGCGACUCGCACACCUCUACCCAUGGUGCGUUCGGAGCUCUGGCGUUUGGAAUCGGAACCUCCGAGGUCGAGCACGUGCUGGCGACCCAGACCAUCAUCCAGGCCAAGUCCAAGAACAUGCGGAUCAACGUCUCCGGCAAACUGCAGCCGGGCAUCACCUCCAAGGAUCUGAUUCUGCACAUUAUCGGCGUCAUUGGCACUGCUGGAGGAACUGGAACCGUCAUCGAGUUCUGCGGCGAGGCGAUCCGAGACCUCUCCAUGGAGGCUCGAAUGUCCAUGUGCAACAUGGCGAUUGAGGGAGGAGCUCGAGCCGGCAUGAUCGCUCCCGACGAGACCACCUUCCGGUACAUCCGGGGCCGACCUCUGGCUCCCGAGGGCGCCGAGUGGGAGAAGGCCGUCACCUACUGGAAGACUCUGCAUUCGGACUCGGACGCGGAGUUCGAUAUUGACGUCAACAUCAAGGGCGAGGACAUUAUCCCCACCGUCACCUGGGGUACCUCUCCUCAGGACGCUCUGCCCAUCACGGGCUCCGUUCCCGACCCCUCCAAGGAGACCGAUCCCAUCAAGCGGGCCGGAAUCGAGCGUGCGCUGGAGUACAUGGGUCUGGAGGCCAACACUCCCCUCAACGAGAUUGCUGUGGACAAGGUCUUCAUUGGAUCCUGUACCAACUCGCGAAUCGAGGAUCUGCGGGCCGCCGCUGCCAUUGUUCGGGGAAAAAAGAAGGCCGACUCCGUGGUGCGAGCCAUGGUUGUGCCGGGCUCCGGUCUGGUCAAGCGAAAGGCCGAAGCCGAGGGUCUGGACAAGGUCUUUGAGGCUGCGGGCUUCGAAUGGCGAGAGGCUGGCUGUUCCAUGUGUCUGGGUAUGAACCCUGACAUUCUCAACCCCCGCGAGCGAUGUGCUUCCACCUCCAACCGUAACUUUGAGGGUCGACAGGGUGCUCUUUCGCGCACCCAUCUGGUUUCGCCCGCCAUGGCGGCUCUGGCUGGAAUCACCGGCAAGCUGACUGACGUGCGGGACUACCUGCCCAAGGACGAGGCCAAGAUUGUGAUUGGCGAGGACGAGGAGAUGGCUGAGGCCAAGUAUGACGAGGAGAAACAGCCCGCCGUCAAGAAAAUGAAGACCGCCACCGUGACCCAGGCGGACCCUGUCGAUGAGCAGACCGACGCCGUGGCCGAGGAAAACAUCACCUCGUCAGCCACCGGCAUCCCCAAGUUCCUGGAGGUAUCUGGAAUCGCCGCGCCUCUGCCCAAGGCCAACGUGGACACCGACGCCAUCAUCCCCAAGCAGUUCCUCAAGACCAUCAAGCGAACUGGACUGUCCUCGGGUCUCUUUUUCGAGUGGCGAUUCAAGGAGGUGGACGGCAAGCAGGAGAAGACCGACUUUAUGCUCAACGUGGCUCCCUGGGAUAAGGCUUCGAUUCUGGUUGUUUCCGGCGACAACUUUGGCUGUGGCUCUUCCCGAGAACACGCUCCCUGGGCUCUGGCCGACUUUGGCAUCCGGUGCAUCAUUGCUCCUUCUUUUGGCGACAUUUUCUACAACAACUCGUUCAAGAACGGCCUGCUGCCCAUCCGGGUCGACGCCGACGUCAUCAAGUCCAAGCUCAUGCCCGUGGCCGACAAGGGCGGCUCUCUGACCGUGGAUCUGCCCAACCAGAAGGUGCUGCAUGGCGACGAGGUGCUGGUGGACCACUUUGAGGUCGAGGACUUCCGAAAGCACUGUCUGGUCAACGGUCUGGACGAUAUCGGACUCACCAUGCAGAAGGAGGAGUUCAUCAAGGCCUACGAGGCCAAGCGAUCUGAUAAGUUCUCCUUCCUUGAGUCCAACACCGACUCUCUCAUUGUCAACCCCGUCAAGGGUACCAAGAAGUCUGCUCUUGGAGUCACUGCCCAGGAGUGGUAG